CAGCGUGAUGAUGCUCUGUUAAACAGUCUAGUGUCUCUCCCUCUCUUUCUCCCCCUCUCUCCCUUCCCAGUGCUAGAUAAAUCCAGUGUCUUUUUUUUUUCAAAUAGGGGAUAACACAGCGCCGAAUGUAAAGGCUCCCUGAAGGCUGGCCAGAACAUACAGGCAGCAGCAAGACUUUCUUUGGCAAGACAUCACCUUUUAUUCCAUGUUUCCAGAUUGCAUCUUACCUUAAAAGGCAACCAUCUAGAGCCCAAUUUGCACCACAAAGACAGCAAUUCCAGUUAAUUUCUCCUGAAGAGGGAAAAGGAAGUGGAGAAGAUUACAUACAAGAUAACAGACAGACCAGACCUCCAGUAUCUGGUGUGAAGCUCGUGUCCUGGUUCGUUGUGCAGUGGGUGCCAUUGAAUAAAAGCUUCUGCCCGGCUGCCUGCCACGAUCAUGAGUGAAAGCCGCAGGGAAGCACUGGCAGCGCCACCCGCCACCACCGUUGCCCCGGCCUCACCUGGCAAUGUCACAGAGCCGGCAAGCCCGGGAGGGGCCGGCAAGGAUGAUGCCUUUUCCAAGUUGAAGGACAAGUUCAUGAAUGAACUGAACAAAAUUCCACUGCCAUCGUGGGCCAUAAUAGCCAUAGCCAUAGUUGCUGUCCUGCUGGUUCUUACGUGCUGCUUCUGCAUCUGUAAGAAGUGUUUGUUCAAGAAAAAGAACAAGAAGAAAGGCAAAGAAAAGGGUGGAAAAAAUGCUAUUAACAUGAAAGAUGUCAAAGAUCCAGGCAAAAAUACAAAGGAGCCUAUAAAGGAUGAUGAUGCUGAGACAGGGCUGACUGAUGGAGAGAAGGAGGAUGAACCCAAGGAGCAAGAGAAGCUGGGGAAAUUACAAUACUCCUUGGAUUACAAUUUCACAGACAACACACUCAUUGUGGGGAUUAUUCAAGCAGCAGAACUCCCUGCUUUGGACAUGGGUGGGACCUCUGAUCCUUAUGUGAAGGUUUUCCUGCUCCCUGAUAAAAAGAAGAAAUUUGAGACUAAAGUCCACAGAAAGACUCUCAACCCCUGCUUCAAUGAGCAGUUUACUUUCAAGGUGCCCUAUGCUGAACUGGGAGGGAAAACUCUGGUUAUGACAGUUUACGACUUUGAUCGUUUCUCGAAGCACGAUGUCAUUGGGGAUGUUAAAGUGCCUAUGAACACCGUUGACUUUGGUCACGUGACAGAGGAAUGGCGAGACCUUCAGAGUGCUGAAAAAGAAGAGCAAGAAAAACUGGGUGACAUCUGCUUUUCCCUUCGCUAUGUGCCUACUGCUGGUAAACUGACUGUUGUCAUUCUGGAGGCAAAGAACCUGAAGAAGAUGGACGUGGGAGGCUUAUCAGAUCCCUAUGUGAAAAUCCACCUGAUGCAGAAUGGAAAGAGGCUCAAGAAAAAGAAGACGACAAUCAAGAAGAAUACUCUUAACCCUUACUACAACGAGUCCUUCAGCUUUGAAGUGCCAUUUGAACAAAUCCAGAAAGUGCAGAUUGUUGUGACUGUUCUGGACUAUGACAAGAUCGGCAAGAACGAUGCCAUCGGCAAAGUCUUUGUGGGCUACAACAGCUCUGGAACCGAGCUGAGGCACUGGUCAGACAUGCUGGCGAACCCCAGGAGACCCAUCGCGCAGUGGCAUGUUCUAAAGCCAGAAGAGGAAGUAGAUGCCCAGCUCACAAUCAAGAAAUAAAGCAAAAGAGAAGCCUUUCAAUACCUACCCAUGUAGUGCUCUUUAGCCCGUAUGUGUAAAUACCUCAGUGAUAUAUGGGUCCAUUCACUUCCACCUCUCCAUACACUGCCUAGUAACACCCUUUUACAAAUGUCAAUGGUACUUUCUAUUUUUUCCUUCAGAUUUACUUUACCUUUUCAGGUGUAGAGGCCCUUUUUAAAGCACCCCUUCUCUACCGUAUACUUAUCCCAUUUCCACUAAGCACCCCCUUCUUUUAAGCAAUAUGAUCUGUGUAGAUAGAGCAUGACUGAAAUUAUUUAUUGUAUCACACAGUUGUAUAUACCAGUAUGCAGAAAACUGAUUUAUAGUUUGUGUGUUUGUAUGUUGUUUAGCGUUUCCUAAUCUGUGUAUAUCUUGAUGUUUUUAAUAAGAUGUUCUAUUUUAAAUUAUGUAAAUGGACUGAGAUAUAGGAGAGCCGAUAUUAUAUAUUAUAGGAUUAAAAAUUCUAUCUUACUGCAUUCCAGAUAAAAUUCCAACCUGCAAGAUACUAGUGGAGGUGCGCUCACAUUGUAAAGGACAGUGUCAGUCUGUAUGUUUACUUAACUAAACCAUCAACAACAAAAAAAGAAAAAAAGCUACAAAAACAAGGCCAUUAACUAAUAUGGUUCCAUGGAAAAUAUGCUGCUGACAAAAAUAUAUAAGCACAGGGUUUCUAAUGACUUUUUAUAUGAAUCUUUUAAUGGAGGACCUGUACAUUUAGCUUCAUACUUGGUGUAACAAGAAAUUCCAAAAAGAUGGUAAAUAAUUUGCUGUUUUUUUAUUGUUUAAGCAAGGUUUCAUGUUGUUAAUCAGUGACUUACUUUUAAAAUAGGUCCUCAGUUAAGACCAUCUUUUCUUUAUAUGGUCUUCAUCUUUUGAAAACAGGUCCUCCUGAGCUUGUAUGUCUAUUCCUUUGACCCCCCUGAAUAUAGCCCCCUCUGAAAUUGAAAGAAGCUGUAGCCAUUGUGUCCUUCAGGCUUGAUUGACAAUGUUUUGUUAAUUGCAUACUUCCAAUAGACUUGUUGUUGGAUAUAUACUUAGUUGAAGGUUUGGUGUCAGGGUUUCAAAGUGGGGAAAGGGGUUUAAACUCUAGCUUUAAGAUUAAUAUUUUUAGAUAAUGUUAAUGUCCAAAUAUUUUUAGCAAUUGCAUGUUUUUUUUAAUAAUCUUUUGCUAAUGAAUUUAAAGGAAGGGAUGGGGGGUUCUGCUACACCGGGGGUCUCUUUUUAUAGUAUCCCCUUGCCUUCUAUCAAUAAAACUCAAAAGAAAGGAAAACUAUACAGCUUGGCUUAAAAUUAUUAGAAUGAAAGUCUUAAAUCUGGUAGGAUAGCAUAUAUACAUGUCAAAAAGGCUAGAGAAAGUCGAAACACUGCCAUUUUCAGGGAGGUUACAAACGUACAGUAAGUGAACUUUUUCUUCAUGAGCACACCUAAGAGGUAGCAGUUGUUGUUUUUGUUUAAUGGGAAUAAUGUCUUGAACCAAAAUGGUUGUCAGAAUAGCCAGCAUUUUGUUGUACUGCCUUCUCACAGUAGCAAUGUAGGCAGCCAUGUUUUACUGCCACUUUUAUUGUGACUGCCAUUUUGCGCUGUAGGUCUGUUACACAACAGUCAAUGCUGUGCUGUUCUUGACACUGGUAUUGCAACUAAGUUGUAUUGCUUAUUCAGAGACACUGCUUUGUGUCUCUGAAGAAGUAACAGUGUCCACCAUUUUGGACACCAGUUUACAUGGAAACAACAAUGGCUGCCAUUCUGUACUGCCACGCUACUGAAGCAACAGUAGCUGGCUAGUUCUCUAGUGUCUUUUCAACAAGAGCAAAGGAGAUAUAAUCAAUCAGAAACCGUAAAAGUUAAUGGUCUGCCACGUUAUUGAAAACUUUAAGUAAGUCAAUUUGUCCUUUACUACGGGUUAACAAGAGGAAUAAGUGAAACGUUUUAGUAAAUGAAAACCGUUUCUCUUAUCUUUGAGGAACCUCUUGUGUAUACUAGAUGCUUGCUUCAGGAGGAGUUUCUAAAUGUUUUCAAUGUUAUUAUGUAGUAAAUGGCACUAUUAUAAAGCUAUUAGUCAUUCCAUACGAGUCUCUAAGGACUGCUUUGUGUAUCACUGUGACUGCCGUGCGUGCUUAGAAGUGUAGAUUUCUCAGUGGAUAGCAACCAAUUUAUUCUGUAGUGAUAUUGUAUUAAUACUGCCAUUCCCUUCUACUGCACUGCUGAAGGUGUGCAUAGCAUGGACAGUUCUAACAACUGUGGACCAAUCAAGAACUGAUGGGCUAUGUAUAGGAAACAGAGAUUUUGAUGAGAGAGGGUCAAAUCACACAGCAUUUUGUUGAGCACUGUGCAAUAUUGUAUGUUCAUCACAUAGUGUUAUGUGGGUGGUGUUGCCCAAAAUAUCCUACUAUUGAUUAAAUUCAUUUCCAAGCAAUGGUUAGGACAGCACAUGUAGUUUCUGUGUGAGUGAGAGCUUAAUACCUUCAUCGUAUAUUAUAAAUAUUAUAUAUUUUUUGUUCCUUUAUUUCUUGCACACAGGUCCAACAAAAAUAAUUUCAGGAAUUACCAUGGAAAAAUACCAAAACAUUACACUGAUUUAAGAACACUAGAGUUGUGCAUAAAUAUAUUAUUAGGUACUAAAUGCCAUCUUCUUUUGUUGUUACAACUGAAACGUGUGUCUGAAUGUUCUAGAUUGUGGAAACAGAACCUUUUUUAAUUCUUAUUGUGGGACCAGAUAAAGAUGGCACUUUUUUUUAACUGUUGCAAUAAAUAUUGAUUAUUUGUGAAUCUAAAAUUUGGAAGACUUUUUUAAGGAAAUCCCAGUAUGUAUUUUGGACCCAGAAAGCUAUCUGUUCUGUAACUAUUGAGUACAGGUUUGAUCACAGAUGUUAUGUAUCCCUAAUAAAGUAUCAUUGUUUAUACAAAGUGCAUUCUUUUGUAAAGAGGGAUUUCAUAGUUCUAAUUUUUUUAUAGAUAUAUAUUUAUUUGAAUAUUCCUAUGGUAUGAAAAUGCUUGUUUAAAGAUCUCAAGGAUAAAAAAAAGAUCAUGGAAAAAUCACAAGGGAUAUAUAACAAAAAUGUUCAAAGAUCUGUUAAUGGUAAUAAAAGCGUUAAACGCAUCAGGUUAAAGUUCACAGUAAUAGGAAGCAUUGCAGCUUGCAAGAUUAGACUGCAAGGUUUUUAAAGUACCUUGUGAAAAGCCAUUACCCUGCACUGCAAUACAAUGCUUCCUCUACUGUCGCCCGCCAAAGCAUAAGAUCAACCCUACAAUUUCCUUUACAAGUACACUUUGAACUUGCUGUGUGACCAAGAAAUUUCAUUCCUCAACAAUAACAACAACAACAAAAGCCACACUUACCUUUCAGACUAAGCUGUGUAAAGUAUUAGAAUCUGAUGCUGUAGAAAGAUCCUAGUUGCCUUUGUGUAUAUUAACUGCCUGCUUGAGUAUUUUUUGUGUGUGGAAAUUUUCUCUGUACUCUUGUAGAAAUGUUGGGGUGUUUUUUCCUGCCAUAUUGCUCGUGAUAAUGACGAGCUGACGGUUAUAUAGCUGUGUAUACCUUCAUUUUUGAUGAGGUGUUUUACAAUUUUGUUUCACUUUGUGUAGUGAUUCACACCGUGGAGUUCUCUGAUUGUUGUUAUAUAACUUAAUAUACACAAAUGUUCAAUAAAAAUGUUUUAUUUCCUGUUGA